UUUCGCAAUCGUUUAUAAGGUUCUGUCUACUUAUCAUCUCCGUUUUCAUUAAGCGUAGACAGUUUCGAGACAAAGAAAGUGUAGAAAAUGGAUAAAAUCAAGCAUAAUUUCAUACAAGUUAAUGGACUAAAAAUCCAUGUAGCGGAGAUCGGAAGCGGGACGGAUCGAGUGGUGUUGUUCUUGCACGGCUUCCCUGAGAUAUGGUACUCUUGGCGCUACCAGAUGGUCGCCGUCGCCAAUGCCGGAUUCAGGGCCAUUGCCCCCGAUUACAGAGGAUACGGGUUGUCCGAUCUACCGCCCGAACCCGAGAAGGCCACCUUCUUCGACCUCUUCAGUGACCUUCCUGCACUCCUUGAUGCCCUCUCCAUUUCUAGGGUAUAUGUUGUGGCGAAAGAUUUUAGCGUCAGGAUUGCGCAUUUAUUUGCCAUUCUGCACCCGAAGAGACUCGCAGGGAUAAUCACAUUUGGCAUUCCGGUCGUCCCUUUAAACCGCCCGAGACUGGCUGAGCCGCUUCCUGGAGGCGUUUAUACAUCCAGAUGGAUGGAACCUGGAAGACUAGAGGCCGAUUUUGCUCGAUUUGAUGUUAAGACAGUACUGCGCAAGAUAUACAUUCUGUUUUCUAAAACUGAAAUUCCUACAGCUGCCGAUGACCAGGAGGUCCUGGAUUUGGUGGACUCCUCUGCCCCUUUACCUUCUUGGUUCACAGAGGAAGAUCUUCAAAACUAUACUGCUCUCUAUGAGAAAUCUGGGUUCCGCACUGCAGCCCAGGUUCCCUAUAGGUCGUUGAACGAAAAACUCCCAGUAACAAAUCAAGAGGUUGAUGCUCCAGCAUUGUUCAUCAUGUGUGGGAAGGAUUUCUCACUCAAAUUUCCAGGAAUCGGAGACUAUGUCAGGAGUGGACAGGCUAAAAACAUUGUACCCAACAUGGAGACUGCACACUUGCCAGAAGGUUCCCAUUUUGCUGAAGAACAGUUUCCAGAAGAAACCAACCAACUAAUUAUCAAUUUCCUCAAGAGACAUGCUUAAUCUUGUUUAAAACAUCAGCAUUCGAAACCAAUGUGAAUUGCUUGAAUAUGUUGUCACCUGAGUUUGUAGUACUCAACACUGAGCCCAAGUUCUAAGAUCUAUUCAAUAAAAGCUUUGAAGAAAAAAUAUUUCCUAUCUGAA